AUGGAUCUUGAGCCGGUACUCAACAGACUUGAGAUACAAUGCUAUCUUCAACGUUUCAAGGACGCUGGGUUUGAUACUUGGGAUGCUUUGAAGGAUAUUACUGAAACUGACAUGGAAGAGCUCGGCAUGAAGCUUGGCCAUAGAAGAGUUCGUGACCACAAUAACGAGACUUGGAAGCUCCAACGAGAAAUUGCGACUUCGCGAGGGUGGCCGCCGAAUGCUCCAUUAGAAGCGGCCCUCGUCUGCUGUUGUGGUAGCCUCAAAAAAGGAGAGCAGAAGGUAACAAUAAUGCGCAAUGAAAACCUGAACAACAAAGAACCAGAAAGAGAAGCAGAUAGAUAG